UGUCGCUAGUCGACAACUAAAAUUUUCAACUUAAUGCAUAAUACUAUCUGAAAUGGCUGGUUUUUUUUAGCGCAAUGCGAUUUAAAAAAAAUUAUAUCGUCGUACUACAGUUUUUAAGUCACGAAUUGAAACUGUUCUGUAUUGCGUUGGUGUGCUAAAACUGACAAAAUUUACGUUGCGCUUUGGAGGUGUUCCAGGUCAAAACCAAGCGAAUUAAGAAUGUCCGGGUCGGAUUCGCGUUUUGAUCGAAAAAAUUAGGGCUCGGGCACGGGUUUGUAAAACAUCAAAUCAAUCACGUAAUGCGAAUGGAAUGAAUCUUUUCGACUUUAGACGUUUUAUCCGUAGACACCAAGAUAGCCGAUGAGGAAAUCAAAUUAUGCUGCAGUUUUCGAGUAAUGGUCGUACUAGCAAAAACAGGAUCCUAUUUGUCGAUUCACUUACGAUAUUAACCCUCUAGUGCCCAGUGCCGCUUUUAGACGGGCUUCAGUAAAACAUCUAAUAAGCUUCAAUAAAUAUUUUAAAAGUGUUUAUAAAGAUUCAUUGUGAUUUUACCGAAGACCGUCUUAACAUUAAUUUGGGCACUAGAGGGUUAAGCUGGCAUGAUGUAAAAGAAGAGUAAGUUUGGCAUCAGGUAAAACACCAUCAAUGUGGUAUUCGAAGUGAAAUUCGCGUUUUUAAUACUGAUUACUAGCCAGUUCCUAUGGCACCAGAGCAAGUCGCUGAUAUUGAUCCUAGUUUGCUACAUGCGAAACUGCAGUGAAUACAGGUGGCGUAUUUAACAUUAUUUUAUUUACCAAACAGCGUGAAAUUAUGAAUGGCGGAAGACGAUUUGUUUUGACGGAAUGUGACUGAUAUACAUCCAAUUUAAUAGUGUGCCGAUCGGUUACCGUAAAAUAUAUUACCAAGCCGGUAAAUCCUGAUUGAGUUUAUAAGCGCUUGUUUAUGUGUAAUAUUCGGCAAAAACCGUACGUGUUUGAUACAUACCCUGUGAGAAUUGAUUUUCGAAACAAUUAUCGAUAAACAAACGGUAUAAUUCUAUCUGCUCAUUUUCCUCAGUCUUCACCCACAUCAGUUUGUAAUAAACAUAACCAUUUGUCCUACCCCAAUGUCUGCGUAAUGCAAGGGAGAUUUCCAGUUACCUUUCCCCAGUCUCCAAAUACACGUUUCACCAAAGCCACCCCGCUGCUUCACUUAAUCCCACCAGAUUAGCAGAAAAUAUUUGGGUAGUGUAUAAACAAAAAGCGUCCGACAACGAUUCUUGCUGAAAGGCCAAGACGCACACUUUUGAUAAAUGACUUGGACGGAUGCGCUAUGGCUCGUGCUAAGGGUAAGAAUCUGCCCCUGUCUCUACCGCCGUUGGAAUACUGGUGUGAUUAGCAUUCAAAGCUAGCCUAAGAAUGGGAAUGCGAACAUCAAAACGAAAUUUUCCUCACCACCCAAUUGAGCGAAAUUAGAUUUCGCUUCCGAAGGAAAACAACUCACAAAUGCAUAUCUGCGUCCGCCAUUAGAGGAGCACUUUGCACCAGUCCACACCGGCCGAAUCGGGUACCGGCCAACGCACGGUUGAAUGGAAUAAGGGAUCGGAGAUUUAGAUCCCUCCCUUUUACCGGCUGCCGGUUUCGCUACUUGGCUGAUUCGGCCUGCGAGGGAACGAGACGAACGAAUGACAAAAUGCAAUGGGAAAUGCUCAAUUCAUUCGAGAUAGCGAAGGGUAGCGCUGGUUAGUGGAAAAGGGACGGAGGAAAGUGUAAAUUGUUCAGAAGGAAUCCUCGGGGGACUCCUGACUAUACAGAUCCUGCGUAUAUAUUAUUACUCAGGACUCGUUGGACGAACCAGUUGGUGUUUGAUAGCGGCAGUGAUUAGAUCGAACAGGAGCAGUACUUCUUAACAGAGUGAAUUCUUAUUUAAAUAAUACUUUGGAUUAUGGAAAUCGUACUAUGACCGUGGAGAGAUAAAGUGCGUGAGGUGCGCAAAUUGAGAAAAAAAGAAGAAAAAUGUCAUCUCUCUGUGGAUUUGAUGAAACGUCUUUCGACGAUUUUGAGGACUACACAUCCGAGGAUAGUGGCUUCGAGAAAAGUUUAGAAUCCAGUGGCGACAUAUCAUUCAGUUUUGCCCCGCGAAAAUUAAGUUUCGACCCUGUCGUUUUGGCCUCAACUAUUUUGUCACAAGAACAACCCGGCCCUAAGAAACGUGGUCGCAAAUCACUGAAAGAUAAGAGCCUGGAACAUCUAUCAGCGGAAUUUAGUCCCAGCUUGGGUGUUCAAACUUCUACACCAACUAAACCGUCGGCCGCGAAUGGAGAGUCGAAACCAAAGCGAAAGUACGCAAUGGGGAAGAGCCGAAUAACCCGAAAUCGCAGCCCCACUCAAGUUCAGAAGAUCAAGCGGUUUCGUAGACUAAAGGCAAACGAUCGUGAGCGCAACCGAAUGCAUACCCUGAACGAAGCCCUCGAAAAGUUACGCCUUACUCUUCCGACUUUCCCCGAGGACACCAAGCUGACAAAGAUUGAGACUCUUAAGUUUGCGUAUAAUUACAUAUUUUCACUAGUUCAAGUACUUGAACUCGAUAGUGAAGUUCAUUUGGAUCUUGAAAAACUGCAAAGUCUUACACUAAGUGGCGAACGGAUCACGAAAGAAUUGUUUGAUGCCAUGUUUGUGAAUCCACCCUCUCACUUUAUGGAUCCUGGAUUUAGUUGUAACGAUUUUUACAGUAGCAUGCAUCAAUAUUCGAUCACAAUGAAUGAUGCUCCUGUAUACGAUCACCAGAACUUCUCCCGACAAAACUAUCAAAUGUUCCGAGGUGCCUUCGAUACAGCUUAUCACGAAGGUGCCCACAAAACUCAUCCUUCAAACCAAACUUAUUCUUCAGUGGCUUACUCAGCAGCCGGCCUUCAGCAUAACGGUGCACCAUCGAUGUUCAAUUCCGGUUACUAUAGCGGAACUCCUCAUACGUCUAUACCGGUGCAUUUGGAUAGUUCCUCAUACCCAACGGUAACACCUGUGGAUAGGAGUUGUGUGAAGACCUCCACUAACCCUGCAGUCCAACAAGGAAUGCAUUACGGGAGUAGUUUCUACAGCCAAACACCACCAUGGUCUGACACUUCAAAUUAUAGUGAGGCCGCGGGAUUUCCGAUGGAAAGCUGUCGGAAAGUUAGUGAGAGUUAUCCUGUUCAGUUGUAGUGUUUACUGUUGACAUUCAGGUUUUUUUGAAAAGCAUUACAUGUAAGGUUAACAAGUUGCAUAUGUUUAACGGAAAUUCUGGUGAUAAUUUUCAUAUAGAUGAACUAGUGAAAUUGAUACUGUAAAUUAUACUCUAUAACUAAUCGCAAACAAAAAGUGCAAUUGUCUCUCAUUCAAGAUCGAUCAGCGGAUCCCGAGUGAGGAACGAUGCAUUUAUUAAAUGCAAUACAUUGCCUUCACAAAGUGUAAAAUAUUGUGUGUUGGUAAAUAAGGCAAGCGAGAUCAUUUCUAAUCGAAUUCCAUACAAGUAAGAAUUCUAUUAAUAGUCAUCUCACCUAUCAUUUGUUCAAUUUGAGGACUGAAAUAAACUGCUAGUCACACUAGAAAAACACUCUAGGUUUGUUUGUAAACAUUAUCAAAUUAAUGACGAUUUGAAUUAAAUCAGAUCCAAAUAUCGCGAUGUUGUUUGCAAACGAAAACUUUAAAAUAUUCAUAAGUUUUAAACUGAUUCUUUCAACGGAAAGAAUCAGUAUAUAACUCAUACCAGUCAUAACAAACAUGUGAAAAUUGUUUUCGAAUUCAGCAUACGGUAUAUGUAUUGGAUUCGACAAUGAUUUUCAAUUGCAAACUCAGAUGCCUUUUGGAAAAUGUUAGAUUGCAUAUAAUUACCUAGUGUUAGAAAGUAGUAUUUUACUCAGAAAACUAUAUAUAUUUCGUACCAAUAUUCCGAAUAGGCUAUAUUCUAAAAAUAAAUCAUAUA